GUAGCGGCAGGCAGCGCUCCCGCCAAUUUGAAAGCCUGAGGUGGCUGAGGGGGGCGGCGGUGGCUUGGUAAGAAUGUGGAAUGACAUUGAAAUUCUUGCCAAUGAUGACACAAGAAGCGAGCAGCUCUCUGUGUGCAUAGGACAUGAAUGUGGAAGUGCGUUGUACCAAGUGGAUGCGCUACUUCAAAUAACGUCUUCAGAAAAGGUCUUAGCUAAUCCACAGCUGUACGCGUGCAACUCGAGGGAUGGCAGUAUUAUUGUUGUUGACAGAUCAGUGGCUCUUCUUGACAGCACUGGGCAGUCUCUUCAGCUGCACAUUCAGUUUGAUACUAAUGUGGAUGUAGUUGGUAUGUGUCAAGAAAGACAAUUUCUUGUCGUUGGUGAGAGAAGUGGCAAUUUACAUCUUAUUCAUAUUCCAUCAAAACAAACCUUGCUAACUAAGAUUUUGGUUGAAUCAUCUUCAAAUGAAAAGACUUACUUAAAUCUCUUUAUUGAAAAAGAUAAAGCAGAUGCAGGUGUUUAUCAUAUGUUCAUUCUCACAAGGAAGGGUUUUUUUUGCAUUAUGUGUCUCCCACUUGCUAGAACACAAGAAGCAAUUGACAAGAUGGAUAUGAUUGUGGCAAAGAAGUUGCAAGGAGAGAUAAAGACAGCUUUCAUUGCCACACAAGAAUAUCACAGUCUUGGCUGUCAGAAUUUUGUGAUAUGUAACUCGGUGAAUAAAAUCCAUUUGAUAAUUGGGGGUAAAGGUGAUUAUGUACUCUCCAAAUGGGAGGUAGACACCACCAAUAACCUGGUGUCUGUUCGAAGUUUUGCUGAUUCAAGUCUGAUCAAAGACGCAGUGAAACUUCAAGUUCUUGACAAUCUGCUGUUUGUUUUAGAUACAGAGAAUAUCUUAAGCAUGUGGGAUGUUUAUUCUCUUACUUUAAUUUGGGAUUGGUCUUUAAUACGUGUUGAAGAAUUUCUUCUCACUACAGAGUCGGAUUCUUCUUCAGUCGUACAGCAAGGGCUUGCCAAUGUUAAACUGAUAGCCAUGACAACACCCACUAACAAACAGAUGAGAAGCUUAAUGGUUUUUGCAUUGCCUGCUAUGCAACAGCUCUAUUCUUUGGAAAUAUCUGUUGUUUCUUCACUUAUUCAAAGUGGGAUUGGUACAGAUACAAUAUACUUCUUGGAAGGAAUUCAUGAAAAUCAUCAGAUAUCCGCUGAAGGCCCGGUUUCUAUUGUUGUGAUGAGAAGUUUAACUGAAGCCUUGCCAGAAAACAGAUUAAGUCGCUUGCUUCACAAACACAAAUUCACUGAGGCUGAGAAUUUUGCAAUUCAGUUUGGACUAGAUGUUGAGCUUGUAUACAAAGUGAAAGCAAGCACUAUUUUAGAGAAGCUAGCUUCUGCUUCUGUUGGGAGUUAUGGGCAAGAAGUCUGGCUGGAUCUUGUGAAUGAAGCCAAAGAAAAUCUGCAUAAAAUUCAGGAUAGCCAAUUUGUUGUGGAUUACUGCAUAAAUGCUCCAUGGCCACUAUAUGAAACCACUCAAGAAAUGCUGAACUAUGCUAAAGUCAGAAUCUUGAAGAAAGAUGAUAAAACCGUUGUUUCACCAUCUGAUGGGGCUCCAGUAUCCAUAGUUGAGGUAUUGAGAGCUCAGGCAAGGCUUACAACUUUCUAUGGAGCUUUUGGAGUAGAGAAAUUCAGUGGUAUUGCCUGGACAGAAUUCCUAAAUAAUGAAGACAUUUUCAGGAAUAUCCUUUUUCAGCUAGAAGAAGGAAAUUUAUCUUGUGCACAGUACCUCUGGCUUAGACAUCAGGCAGAUUUUGAAAGCAGCUUUGAUGAGAAAAUGCUGGAGAAUUUACUUAAUGCCAUCCAUGUCACUGUUCCUUUGGAUGAACUAUGUUUGUGGCUUAAAAAUGUUGUGAUUCCUUUCUUAAGAAGAGUUGUGCCGAAGGAACAGAAAAUACUAGCAAAAUGGCUGGAACAAGGCGCUCGAAACCUUGAAUUAACUGAUAAGGCAAAUUGGCCAGAAAAUGGACUCCAAAUGGCAGAGGUUUUUUUUACAAGUAAAAAUCGAGGUGAAAUGGGACUGACAGCUUUUGGCCAGUGGACUCCUUUGAGAUGUGGUGACUGUGAAGAAGUACAUAGGUUAAAGAAGCUGGUAAAUGAUUUACAAGAACUGAUAAAUCUGUACAGAAAAUACAACUGCAGGCUGGCACUCUGUGAUUUUGAAAAGGAAAAUGCAACCACUAUUGUGUUUCGCAUGUUUGAUAAAAUUUUGGCACCAGAGCUUGUCCCAUCCAUUUUGGAUAAGUUUAUAAAACCCUACCUCUGUGAACACAAUCUGCAAAAGGAUGAACUUCUUUUACAGUAUAUAAAGGAUUUGCUUGAACGUUGUCGUACACGGUCUACAUCAGUAUUUGAAACCGCAUGGGAGGCAAAGGCAAUAGCUGUCAUUGGCUGUAUCUCCGAUACAGAUCUGAAAUUUGAUGCAGUUCUGCAGAUAAUGCAUGGUGCUAUGGUACCGUGGAGUGGAGCAGUGGAGCAGCUGGUAAAACAGCAUUUGGAAAUGAAUCACGUCAAAGUAAAGUUAUUGCAGGAAAGUUACCGACUGAUGGAGAUGAAGAAGCUUUUGCGAGCUUAUGGAAUAAGAGAUACUAAUCUUUUAAAGGACAAGCAGAUGAUAAUGAGGCUGGUGAAAUACAUUCUUAAACAAGAUACUCCUACUUCUUUGGAGGAUGCUUUGAAAAUUGUAUCAGCAUAUAUGUUGCCCACCAUGGAAGUCUACAUUCUGAGGAUGAUAGACCUGAUUGACAAAGAAAGGGGAGAGGAAUCUCUGACUUUGUUAAAAUCUCUGACUCUUGCUGAAGCUGAGAAAGUUGCAGAGAGAUUGACUGUAUGGGGAACACUGGUAUUACAGAAUAAAACAGAUAAUUCUGAAGAGGUACUACAUCAUUUCACACUCACAAAAAACAAGAUGUUUAUGACAAAAACACUCGUGGAAAUCCUUAAAUUCCUCUUCAGCAUUCAAAAAGACAAUCCUCUGAAGAAGGAUGAAUGUGAAGCAAACCUAAAAAUGUUUGAAACACUUGCUACCCUACAGGAAGACUUUGAUAUCUUCCUUUCAGUUGAAGACUUUAGGAAUCCUAUGCUGAUGUCUAGGCUUCUUGAGACGCACAUCAAAGCUUAUGAAACUGUCAGAUCUCUGUCAAAGUCUAGAAAAGAACAGACAAUGAAUUGUAAUUCAGAAGAUGGUAAAAUAAAGAAUCGUUCUACUGAAUCAAGGCUGUACAAACUAGCUUUGCUCCUGCAAAGGUCAGAGCAAGAACUGGGAGAAAAACUGGUCUUGAGAGCAUUAGAUGCUGGAAAAGUUGAAGAUGCUGUAAAAAUAUGCAGGGACUUCUAUGAAAAUCGCUGUAAUGAAGAAACGGGGAAGCUACUGUUUUCAGCAUGUCAGAGGCUUUGUCACAUGUUGGGAGCUGAUGUUCCAAUGAUCACUCCUAAAGAUAUAAAUCUUCCUGCAGUGAUCUAUGAAAUGGCUUGUCAAGCAGCUACUGUAUGUAGUCCAGAUUUGCUACUAGAUUCUCUGGAACUAUGUAAAUAUACUUUGGCUGCCAAGGAAAUUUACAGACAGUGUCAAAUAGAAAACUAUGGAUUUACAGCAAAGACAAUGUCUUUUGGAGGAGAUAAAGAUCCUUAUGAAGAGUGGACUUACAAUGACUUCUUUAAUGAAGAUGGGAUAGUUCUUGAUCCACAAAUAGCUCUUCCAGUUGCAUAUGAAACUAUUUCUUCUCUUCUGCCUGUUUCUGAGAACAAGCUCUAUCCUUUGGACUCUAUCAGCCUGGCAAACUGCGCAUUUAUUAAAGGACAGAACCUUUUGCUGCCAGCUAGAACUCCCAUCUGCGCAGCGCUACAAAACCUCAUGGAGUGCAGUCAGUGCGAGUUAGCUUUGCGGCUAAUAGUCUGCUCAUUUGGAUCCUGUCUUCAACAUGGUGUAUCAAACAACAUGAAUUUGUCCCUGAGUGAGAAGCUACAUGAUGUCAGUACGCUAGCUGAAACCAAAAGCUUUCUUAUUGCAAUGAAACAGAAGUCUACUUCAGUAAUUAUGACCACUAUCCUGACCUUACUACACAAGGUCUUCAACUGUCGUCUCAUAGAUCAGAACCUGGCACUGGGAUAUUGCACAAUUUUGCCCAAGGAAGAUAUGUUCAAUAAGCUAUGGGAUGUCAUAAACAAUACGUGGCAAAAUUACAAAAAAGUUCUGGCAGUUGCUUUGGUUGGAGUACAGCUUGCUACCCAAUGUGGUGAAGCAGAAGAAAAAAGAAAAUUCCAAGAAUUGGUUACUGAUGCAGAAUGGGGUAUCCAGCUCGGUAAAUUUGGCAUUUCUUUUGAGACUGUGUUUAGACAACCCCCAAUAAGAAAGAAGGAACUCAUAAGAACACUGGUACAAAAUCCAAAAGUAAACACGGAUCUCAUAUUGAAUUACUGCAGUACUUUCAUGCUGGACAGUGAUGCCGCACUGCAGCUUUGCAUUGAAACACUUCUUCUCCAGAACACCAAUACAAAUCAUGUUGAAGAUGACUCGGCAGAAUACAGUCAGAAACAACCUCAUUCCACAUUACUGGCUAGAGCAUUAGAAAUAAUUCCUCUACUGAAAAGCACAAAAGAGCUGGUUACUAGCCUCAGUGGAAUAUUGUUCAAGCUUGAUCCUUAUGACUAUGAAACUAUUGAAAUUGUCCUGAAAGUAAUGCAGAAUGCUGAUGAGAAGAACACCAAUAUCCAGAUAAAUCAGGCUUUAAGCCUUCUCAAACAUCUGGAGUCUUAUAAAAGAAUUUCCCCACCUGUGGACCUGGAACACCAAUAUGUUGCAGAGCAUGUGAUUCCCUUAUCUCCAGCUGCUGAAACCAGACUGCCUUUUCAUUUGAUAUUCUUCAGAACUGCGCAGUGUUUCUGGAACAUUAUAUCUGCAGAGCUCAGUGAGGAAACCUUUCCAACACUUCUGUUGAUUUCCAAACUAAUGAAGGUUUCACUGGAUACUUUACACAUGUCUGCAGCUCAACAUGUCUUUAAAAAAAAAUUGAAACCAAAAAUAUAUGAAAUGAGAAACACUGGAUAUACAUCAGUUGUUAACAAGGAAACAACUAAAACUGUGCAGACAAUUCAGUCAUAUUUGCUGUCUAUAAUUAAUCCAGAGUGGGCUGUAGCUAUGGCUCACAAGAUCGCACAAGAAUUUCCAACAGGUCCUGACCAGAUUCAAGCAUUGAAAUUUUGUCUCUUUCUGGCCGAGAAAUGGUUAAAGAAUACUACAGCUAAGGAUGAUUCAUGUGAAAAAGCAGAAGUCCUACAGAAGAAAUUAUAUAUACAGUAUAAGCGAUCAGCGACAGAAAAUGUUCUAAUAACGCACAAGCUGAACACCGCAGAGCAUUUAAAGUCUAUUGGGAAACCAGCAAAUCUUAUCAUUUUGUUAUACGAACACCACAGUAUAGACCAAAGAAUCCAAAAUCCAACUGGCAGAGAUUAUCCGGAUAUCCAUACGGCAGCUAAGGAAAUAGCGGACAUUAACGACUUGGAUAUGAACAAAAUUUGGGAUAAGCUGCUGGAUAAAUGGCUGUGUCCAAGUGUACUGCCCUCAGAAAAAACUCAAGAAGUCUUCGGAGAUGUACGGGAAGAUGAAGAACUCCGAAGAGUUCUGUAUCUACUUCAGUCACGUCCAAUGGAUUACAGUUCCAGAAUGCUUUUCGCAAUUACAACAUCUGCCACAUCUCCGAUUGGUGUUAAUCAGUUGACAUUUGCUCACAGGAGCAGAGCGCUUAAGUGCCUGCUCUACUUGGCAGAUACCAACACUGUGGAAACACUCUUCAAGAAACCCAUUGAGAAAGUAAAGUAUUUUCUAAAAUGCUGCAUUUAUCUGGCAGAGUUUGAAAUCUUGAAUAUUCCAUACACCUAUGAAUCAUUUCAUAAGAGUCCUAAGGAAGGAAUGAUUAAGGGGCUGUGGAAGAAUCACAGCCAUGAACCCACGGCUGUUAGACUGGUGACAGAACUGAGUCUAGAAUACAAAGUAUAUGAUUCUCAGCUGUGGAAUGGUCUACUACAGAAACUUCUUGGUUUCAAUAUGAUUCAGUAUCUAAGAAAAGUUUUGAUAGCAAUUACUGGGAUUCAUUCAUUAUGGGAGAUUCCCAACUUCAGUCGAGCUUGGCGAAGUGUGGUUCUGUCACCAUUUCUCACAGCUUCAUGUCCACCAAGUCCUAAACAAGUAGAGGAAUGCUGUGAGUGUUUCGUGAUUCUGCUCAAGUGUCCUGUUUUGGCUGACUUGGAUGUCAUUGGAAUAGCUAAACAAUAUGCACAGUUGGACCUUCCAGCUCUUGCCUUGGGAUGCCUGUUGCUGAUUCCUCAGUCUGAGAAGCGAGAGCAGCAAAUUCAGGGUUUCUUAUCGACGUGUAACAUGGAAACUGUGCUGCAACAAAUAGAUGAACAUAUGAACACUGGAGAAGCAGUGGCUUUUGCUUCUCAGAUUAGAUCUUUGAUUUUGGACAAUAUCAUAAAUGAGAAGCUGUAUGAAAAAUUUGUGAGAACUAAGUAUUUUCCACUGGUGAAGCAACAACUGAUGAAUACUCACCGAAUGAAAGAACUGGUGGAUUAUUUUGCCAACAAGAACUGCAUUGAUGAUGCAACAGCCCUAAUUCAAGAGUAUCAAGAGAAAUGUGGAAAUCUUAGUCUUGUAGAUAAAUCAUCAUCUGAUAUUCUGAAGGUGUGUAUGAAUGGACCAGAGGAGACUGGCGAACUAGAACAGUCAUCAAUAAGGUGUUGAUUUAUCCUUUGUCUUUUCUCCCUCUGCUGGCGAGAUAAGUGCUAUGCAUUGGGAAUGUACAUACUGGUCAAGUGAACACUGAACUAAAACCUCACUGCUCUUCUUCCAAAAGCUAUCCCCAGUUUUCCACAUUUUUUUUAACUGUUCUAUGCUGUUUCUACUCCAUACUCUGCCACAAUUCAUAUUUAUCGCUUUGAUUUUAAGAAGGACUAAAACUGAUUUCCUUUACUUUUGUAUUAUAUCUCUGUGUUGAAGUCUGCUGUCAGGAUCGCUCUAGGAUUUCAUUUGCACAAACAUAAUCUUGCAUAACUGUAAUAAAAUUUUAAAUUGGAAGUGUUACACUUCAUGUAAAAUAUACCUUUUAGACAAAUUGUAAUUUUAAUUAAAGCAUGAGCACAAAUAAACUGACAUAUCAAUAUUGAC